UACGAAAUUAAAUUAGUAUCGGUUUCAUUAAAUAGCUUGGGAAGCUUCACUCUAUUUCAACUACACAUCUGGUCAUUUUCUCCUUGCAUUGAUUUAAUACGAGUGACUUCUAGGUUACAGUCGUAAAUAAGUAACAUAUCCUUUUACUAGAAACAAUGGGCAAUAUAUCGUCUAAGAAUGAAUUCCCGGUAGAUGGAAAGGUGAGUUCAAAUAUAUCUUUUUCUUUUUUUUCAUCAGAAAAGAAUUAAUUCCAUCAACAGACAGUAGUCAUCACCGGUGGCUCAAGAGGAAUGGGUCAGGAAGUCGGACGCCAACUUUCCGAAAAAGGUGCCAACAUUGUAAUCAUCGCACGCGAUGUAGAAAAAUUGCUCCAAGCUAUCGAAUACAUCAAGGAAGGCGCUGUAAAACCCCAAGUCCAGCGUUUCCACCAUAUAAGCGCCGACUUGAGCUCUCCAGAUGAAUGCGUACGUGUUAUUGACGAGGUCGUGGAAUGGAAUCGGGGAAUUCCUCCAGAUACCGUGUGGUGUUGUGCAGGUAGCUCCUAUCCCACCCUCUUCAUCGAUACUCCCGUAUCCCAGCUACAAUCCCAGAUGAACAAUAAUUAUCUCACAAGCGCAUACAUGGCGCACGCAACAUUAAGAAGCUGGCUCAAACCACUAGAGGAACGAAAAAGCCGCAUCGAAGAUAAAAUGCUCGAUUCAGGCCAUACCAAAAAUAUUUCUCCUCCAGCUCGCCAUCUCAUCUUCACUGCUUCUUUCCUCGCUUUCUUCAGUUUCGCCGGCUACGGAGCUUAUAGUCCCGCCAAAGCGGCGCUACGCUCCCUCUCAGAUACUCUCUCCCAAGAAAUGAAUCUCUACGCCUCUGCCUUCCCCAGCGCACCCCGUGUUAAUCUCCACACGAUAUUCCCCGCUACAAUACUAACCGAAUCCUACGAGGCUGAAAAUCGCAUAAAACACGGCCUAACAAAACAACUCGAGGACGGCGAUGAGGGACAAACCCCACAGCUGGUAGCUAAGAGGAGUAUCCAGGGAUUAGAAGCCGGAAGGGAACUUAUCACUACGGAUUUACUGACGGGUUUGGUAAGGGGUAGUAUGCUUGGGGGGAGUGUGAGGGGAGGUUUUGUGAGAGUGCUCCUGGAUUGGUGCUUAGCGGGUCUGAUGGGUAUUGUUAUGGUGUUUGUUAGGGCGGAUAUGGACCGGAAGGCUAGGGGUUGGGGGAGAAAAUUUGGGGUGGCGAGGAGUGGGAUGCAGAUUUGAAUGUGAUUUUUUUUGUUUCAAAUGACUCUAUUACACUAUACAACAUUGAUUUGAACGAAUAUAUGUUUCAAAUAUUGGGUGGGUGACAGACCGGUCUCAGUAGAUCGAAUAGCCACCAUUGCAAGAUAUAUUGAUCAAUUAAGAAGACUCUACGCGCAACACAGUCCUAUCAGUAAGGUAGACAAUAUCAACAUUCGGCUGGGAGGGAAAAUUAG